CACUCCUCGUCGUCUCUCUCUCUCUCUCUCAGCUGUUGAGUGAAUCGGACUUAACUUGUAUUUGCACCCACCCCGCAACCCGACCCCCACGCCGGAGCUGGCCUAUUCUCCUUCUUCCUUUAUGCCCUUUUCCAGCACAUUCAUCGAAGAAAUGAAAGCUGCAGCAGAGAUUAAAGUGGUUCAUGAUUUUGAUUUCUUGGAUCUCUGCAUUCCAUUCCCAUUUGCGGUGUGAAUUCUUGACUAAAAUGGCUUCUGCCAAUGCUGCUGCUGUCUCUUCUGCGUUUUGAAUAGGGUUUCUUGGAACCUCUCCAUUCCAAACAAAAUCGACUUUUGACUCUCGUUUUGGGCAUUCUCAUUAAUCCCUGCUCGGAAUUUCUCUUUUCUGGCAUUCCCCGGAAUGCCUCAAGGAGAAUCCCACAGAAUUCAUGCUUCCUACGUAAAAUUUCUCGCGAAACAUUGCUUCCAUCGUGUAAUGACGCUGCUCGUCGUUGUCUGCCUUCUGCCUCUCGCCUACGCAGACUUGGCCUCGGACGUUCGAUCCCUUCUAGCUUUCUCAGCUGCCGUACCCCAUGGCCGGAAGCUCAACUGGAAUCAGUCGUCCUCCGUGUGUGCGUCGUGGGUGGGGAUUCGUUGCAAUGCAGAUGGCACAAGUGUGAUCGCUCUCCGUCUACCGGCAGUCGGGCUAAUUGGUUCGAUCCCUAACAAUACGAUCGGAAAGUUAGGCAGCCUGAGGAUUCUCAGCCUUCGAUCCAAUCGACUCAACGGAAGCUUGCCGGCUGAAGUUCUUUCGCUCCCAUCCCUCACUCACCUCUUCCUCCAAAACAACGCCUUUUCCGGCGAUAUCCCGAGCUCCGGGUUUUCUCCUCAACUCGUUGUUUUGAAUCUCUCGUUUAACACUCUCGCCGGGAACAUUCCGCCGGAGUUUCAGAAGCUGUCGAGACUCACCGCAUUGAGCCUUCGGAACAAUUCUCUUUCCGGGAGUAUUCCCGAUCUGAGCUCGUCGCCUCUCCGGCGAUUCGAUGUGAGCAACAACCGUCUCGACGGUAGUAUCCCGCCUUCGUUGCGGGGCUUCCCGAGAUCUUCAUUUUCCGGAAACUCUUUAUGCGGCGCGCCAUUGGAUCCUUGCUCUCGUGUUCCUCCUCCUUCGCCGUCACCAAAUCUGUCGAGAAAAAGCUCGAAGAAACUUCCGGUGGGCGUUAUAAUCGCCAUUGCAGUCGGAGGGCUUGCUCUGAUCUUCCUCGUCGCGAUACUACUUCUAUGUUGCGUUAAGAAACAGCGCGAUGACAAUACGGCUGUGCCGAAAGUGAAGUCAUCUGGUGGCGCCGCGAGGAGGAGCGACAAGCCGCAGGAAGAGUUCGGAAGCGGCUUGCAAGAACCGGACAAGAACAAGUUAGUCUUCUUCGAAGGCUGUUCGUACAACUUCGACCUCGAGGAUCUACUACGCGCAUCGGCAGAAGUGCUCGGGAAGGGCAGCUUCGGGACGGCGUACAAGGCUGUUCUCGAGGAGUCGACGACAGUGGUUGUGAAGAGGCUGAAGGAAGUGAUAGUCGGGAAGAAAGACUUCGAACAACAGAUGGAAAUCAUCGGUCGAGUCGGGCAGCAUCCGAACAUCGUCCCUCUCCGGGCGUAUUACUAUUCCAAAGACGAAAAGCUCCUCGUCUACGAUCACUACCCGGCUGGCAGCUUCGCAAGCCUCUUGCAUGGAAACAAGAUCGUUUCCGGAAGGACGUCGUCGCCAGCUUGGGAAACGAGGGUCAAAAUAUCGCUCGGCGCGGCGAGGGGGGUCGCGUAUUUGCACACAGUCGGGGGCGCGAAGUUCGUUCACGGGAACAUUAAAUCAUCGAACGUUCUCUUGAAUCAAGAUCUUUACGGGUGCAUGUCCGACUUUGGAUUGGCGCCACUGAUGAACCAUCCAGCCUCGUUGUCAUCGCGUAACACCGGGUACUGUGCUCCGGAGACUAUCGAAAUGCAGAAACACACGCAGAAAUCGGACGUGUACAGCUUUGGGGUUAUGCUGCUGGAGAUGCUGACGGGGAAACAGCCGGCCCAGUCACCGAGCCAGGACGACGUUGUCGACCUCCCAAGAUGGGUGCAGUCGGUGGUCCGGGAGGAGUGGACGUCGGAGGUGUUUGAUGUGGAGCUGAUGAGGUUCGAAAACAUCGAGGAGGAGAUGGUGCAGAUGCUGCAAAUUGCGAUGGCUUGCGUCGCCAAGGUGGCUGAUGCUCGGCCGUCCAUGGAUGAAGUGGUUCGGAUGAUCGAGGAGGUUCGGGCGUCCAGCUCGGAGACUCGGCAAUCCUCCGACGAUAAUAGGUCCAAAGAUUUGAAUGGGCGAACCCCUUGAUUUCAUUCUGAUUUGAUUUGAUUUAAUUCCAUUCGUUUUAAUUUGUUCGUUAACUUCGAUUUUUUUUUUUUUUUGUUUAAUUAUGGAACUGGCAGUCGCUAUUUAUCGGAUGCUUUGUAGGUAAAUGCUCAAUCGUAUCUAAUAAUAUGCAAACUAGAUUUUACAAAGCAAA